UUCUGUUUUCACUCUCUCUCUCUCUCCUCUUUCUGUGUGGUGAACUAGUGGUGGAUGGUGAACGGGAAGAAAAAGCCACUGAAAUAAAAGGCCGAUGCUCUUCCCAGAAGACCUGCCGUCGCGCUCGACGGACAGCCUCGAUCCGAUCCCUUCGCCGAAGCCGUCCCGGACUCCGGAUCUCGGCCACGACGGCCGCCAACGAUCCGCCCGGUAGCGCCGCCUCCCGUCGCCGGAGCUCUUCUUCCAGAACCUUCUUGUCGAUCGGAGUCCCUAAGUUCUUGCUGCUUCGAUUGGGCGGUGGAUCUUGUCCUGAUUCUUGGUUUCUUGAAUCCUUUUUGAGCUCUUUCUCGGAAACCCUAGCAGCCUCCCCUCGGAUCGAAGCUGGAGCAGCUGAGCUUGCAUCGGACGAUGUGCUUCGCGAUACCGGACGUGGCGCUGGACCUCGUCAUGGGGUACAUCGACGACCCCCGCGACCGGGAGGCCGUCUCGCUGGUGUGCAAGAAGUGGUACCGCAUGGACGCCAUCACCCGCAAGCACAUCACCAUCGCCAUCUGCUACUCCACCAGCCCCGACCGGCUCCGGCGGCGCUUCCCCCGCCUCGAGUCCCUCAAGCUCAAGGGCAAGCCCCGGGCGGCCAUGUUCAACCUCAUACCCGAGGACUGGGGCGGGUACGCCACCCCCUGGGUCCGCGAGAUCGCUGAAACCUUCAACUGCCUCAAGGCCCUCCACUUCCGCCGGAUGAUCGUGACGGACGCCGACAUCUCCCUGCUGGUCAAGGCGAGGGGCCACAUGCUCCAGACGCUCAAGCUGGAUAAGUGCUCGGGGUUUUCCACCGAUGGCCUUUUGCUGCUUGCCCGUUCUUGCAGAUGCCUUAAAACCUUAUUUUUGGAAGAAAGCUCAGUCGGUGAGAAUGAUGGUGCAUGGCUCCAAGAGCUUGCUAUCAACAAUUCUGUGCUCGAGACUUUGAAUUUCUAUAUGACAGAGCUCAGGAUCUCGUCACAAGACCUCGAGCUACUUGCUAGGAACUGCAGGUCUUUGAUUUCCUUGAAGAUCAGUGAGUGUGAUGUCUCUGACCUAGUUGGCUUUUUUCGCCUAGCAACAGCAUUGGAAGAGUUUGGGGGGGGCUCAUUUAAUGACCAAGCAGGAGAAACCAGUAGGUAUGAGAGCGUUCGCUUUCCUCCCAGGUUAUGCUGCCUGGGUCUCAUUUAUAUGGGGACGAAUGAAAUGCAAAUAAUAUUUCCAUUUGCUGCUUCACUCAAGAAGCUAGACUUGCAAUAUACUUUUCUCAGCACCGAAGAUCAUUGUCAGCUGAUUCAACGAUGCCCCAAUCUAGAAAUUCUUGAGGCGAGGAAUGUUAUAGGAGACAGAGGAUUAGAAGUUGUUGCUCAGACGUGUAAGAAACUACGAAGGCUCAGAAUAGAGCGAGGGGAUGAUGAACAAGGCCUGGAGGAUGAACAGGGUAGGGUUUCACAGGUGGGGUUGUCAACUCUAGCCCAGGGUUGCCCUGAACUGGAAUACCUGGCAGUAUAUGUCUCUGAUAUCACAAAUGCAGCUCUGGAAGCUGUUGGCACUUAUAGCAAAAACCUCUGUGAUUUUCGGCUUGUCUUGCUUGACAGGGAAGAAAGGAUAACAGAGUUACCCCUUGACAAUGGGGUUCGUGCUCUGUUGAGAGGUUGCACCAAACUUAGAAGGUUUGCUUUUUAUUUGAGACCUGGAGGUCUUUCAGAUGUGGGUCUUGGUUUCAUUGGCGAGUGCAGUAGGAAUAUCCGGUGGAUCCUAUUGGGUAAUCUUGGGCAAUCUGAUGUUGGACUUCUGCAAUUUGCAAGAGUUUGUCCAAGCCUGCAGAAGCUGGAGAUGAGAGGCUGUUGCUUUACCGAGCGUGCUUUGGCCCUUGCAGUAACACAGCUGCCUUCAUUGAGAUACUUAUGGGUGCAGGGUUACAAGGCAUCACCAACUGGCAGGGACCUUAUGGCCAUGGCCCGCCCAUUCUGGAACAUAGAAUUCAUCCCUCCUAGGCAACAUUUUGUCGAUCAUGAUCUUGACGAUAGGCUGGGUGCAAUAGAGAGUCGGGCUCAAAUACUUGCAUACUACUCCCUUGCUGGAAAGAGGACCGAUUGUCCGGAUUCUGUGGUUCCUUUGUAUCCAGAAUGAGUGUACAUAUGUAGGCCUUCUGUAUUUCGGCUUCUUUUUUCCUUUUCUUUUGUUGCACUCCCUUUUCUACUCUUAACUGCCAAAAUAUCUGGGUGGUGAACGUCAAUAUAUCUUGUUUGUAACAUCUUAAAGAUGCGAGCGGCGAGCUUUGUAAUAAGCUGUGAUCUACUUUCUGUAAUUCAAAAGAACUUUAGCGACAGCCAUGUGGUCUUCUCAGAGCUCCAAGGUAUGGGCUCUGAACUUUUUAGA